AUGACAAUUACACACAUCGUUAUGCUCAAGUACCCUGAGGGUACCUCCGAGGCUACCAUCAAGCAGACUCUCGAUGAUGCAAUCGCCUUGAAAUCGACCUGCCUCCAUCCUAAGACUGGGAAGCCGUAUAUACUCUCUGCAAAAGCAGGGCGUGAUAAUUCGCCCGAGGGCAUACAGAAUGGGUUCACGCAUCUCUUUGUGAUGGAGUUUGAGAAUGCGGAGGACAGGGACUAUUAUGUGGCGAAAGAUCCAGUGCAUCAAGGUUAUGUGAAGAUGUUGGGGGCGCUGCCGAUCGGAGCGGUCAUGGUGAUGGACUUUGAGGGCGGGUGUUAUUAG